AUGCUGGGCGUCACUGGUGCGAUCAAAGUUAAAGAGUGUGUUGACUACAGUGACGCCGUGAAGACGAUUUCUGUUCUGACAGCAGCUGCAAAGGCCGGCAAAUCAACAGGCAUUGUGACUACUGCUCGGGUCACCCACGCCUCGCCAUCGGGGGCAUUUGGCCACUCCGCCUUUCGUGACUGGGAAUGUGAUGCGUGAGUUUCUUCGGCAAAACGUUUUCCAUUAUUUGGGUCCUAGGAAGCCUUAAGUUCAGAAAAUAAUCUCUUUUUAGCACUUUUCACUAAGUGCUUUCGGGAUUAAGCCCUGUCUGCCAUACUCCAAUGGUUUACCAUGCAGCUGACUGAUUUCUAGACUGAACAAGAUUAAUGCGAGACUAGAUCAAUAAGAUAUUUCGGUUUUGUGAGACAAAUGGUAAUCAAGCGAGCAAUCAGGGGUUUAAACAAUUAAACUAUACAUUUGAUAGGGACAGUGUAAUAGAACUUCUUCUCCUACUGGUCGUGCUGAGGGUGUUUGCUUAAGUGGGCUUCUUGAUACUGUCAUUAGCGUCUGCGAAAUUUCUCUGGCAUGCAUAGGACUGUAUUGCAAAAGCUGAUUGUCGACAAGUUUGCCGUAAUAAAUAUUCUGUUUUAUCAAUAGAAGCUACUCAGCAAAUGAUCUUGAGGUCUUCACUAACGUUUAAAUCUCGACCUGUGGUUGUAAACGAGGUUGCUGUCACAUUUUUAAACAAACAAUGAAUUUGUGGCCAUUGCGUACCCAUAAUUUAGCUGUAAACGUCUUAUGUCACACACCAAGUAAACGCAAAAUAUGGCUCUUUAAAGGGACAUAGCGAAGGACUGUUCACCAGCAUCGGCUUGCCACUGCGUGGAUUUGGCUCAGCAAUUGGCUCUCCAGAAUUUGGACAUCAAUGUCAUUCUGGGCGGAGGUCAGGGGAAAUUCUACCCAGACAGCGCCAACCUUCCAAUCAGUCCAUCGACGAAGGGCCAACGGAAGGACGGAAAGUAUCUUGCCAGUAUGUGGCUGGAGGCACAGAAGCAGAAGGGCAGAAGAGCAGAGUAUGCCGACACCAUAAAUAAAUUCAACUCUAUCAACUCGGAACAGACUGACUACUUGAUGGGUAAAUGCCGUUGUACCAACUUUCACUCAUUUGAUCGUCAAAUCAUACCACCAACAUCGUACGCACCCUCAAUUUUACGCAUUUCAAUAAUACACAGGUCUACUGGCCGCGUCUCAUCUCCCAUAUGUACUGGACCGGCCAUCCGGAGAACCCUCACUGGUAGACCUCACCGCGAAGGCGAUUGAAAUACUUAAGAAGAAUCCAAACGGUUUUUUCCUCUUUGUUGAGGGCGGACGCAUUGACCACGGUCACCACGACAACAAAGCUAAGUGAGUUCAAAUGUUCACAAAAAGUACCCUGAUUUUGUUCUGUCGCUGGACUUUAAGUGUUACCUACAUUCUGUCGCAUUGGGCCGACCGCUGUUUGCCAAAAAUAUAGCACAUCUGUAUUACUUCCACUUCAUCCUCUUGCUUACGUUAGCUCGCUCUUUGCUCGUUGGUUGAAGUAUCGCUACAAUUAUUUGACGUUUGUUAUCAAGUAGCUGACACUUUGGCACGUAUUUUAAAUUCGUACAGCCAUUUCAUCCACUUGGCUCUCAAAAGGCAUUUUCUGAGUAAAAAGAAAUAGUCCAGGAUAGUCUCAACAGUGGCUCUGAGGAUGCAUUCUGGGUUCGACGGGAAAUUAUAGCCUAAUUUAGUCCUUUGGAGAAGAUACACGCAUAUUUUGCUUUAGUGAGGUCACAGCAGGUCUGGGAGGAUUUUUUCGGGGAACCCCUGUAUAUUUCGAACUCAGAAUUUCCAACGAACUGAAAAAGGAUUCCGUCUAAACGCGGAUUGAAUUGCUUCAAAGGGCUUACAACGAACGUUUGUGAAGUGCUGAAAAAAUACAUGCCUUAGAGUAACUUCCGACCUUAAAAUCCCUAAAUUCUUUUUUCGAAGGCAAGCAGUUAAAAGCGCGGGAAAGCGCUUGUUAUCGUCUAACUAACAAAAACCUUAUAUAUCUGUAACAUAUUGCUGGCUCUCAUCUAUACUUUUAUUGGCAAGAAUUUGAUUUCUGAAAAAACCGAAUAAAAAUUGAUACUUUUGCCCUCUGCAUUUUCUGCCUUAGUCGUUUGCUUCACUUGGACUUCACCAGAGGCUUGAUUCAUCUGCACUUCUAACUUCCUUUCUUCCUUACCUUAAAGACAAGCCUUGGCCGAACUUCUAGAAAUGGAAGAGGCAGUCAAGAAAGCUGUCUCAAUGGUGGACCCGGAAGAAACGCUUAUCAUCGUCACGGCUGAUCAUUCCCAUUCCUUUGAAUUGGUAGGGCAGCCAAGUCGGUUUGAGAGUCUUCUACUGCGAGACAAAGGAUACGGUCCCAAGGUAAGUAGUCAUAAAAAUGAUCAGAACGAUGGCCACCUUAUCAGCGUUCUCGAUAUUAUGAAUUAUUGGAUCAGAAACAAUUUGAAGAGCGUUCAGUAGAAUGCAUCUUAAGUAAUUUCUUGUGCUUUAGAAUUUGCUUCUCCCUGGGAACAAUUCGUUGUCAGCUGUCCCAACUCCUGAACGUCAUUUGCAUCCAGUAUCACCAAAACAAGCACAGCUAUAAGAGUGUAGAUUCUAAUCAGAAUAUUUCCGAAACAGUGGUCCUUGUGAUUCAGUACUACUGUGCUCAUACACCUGCGUACCGAAAAAGAUUCAAAAGUUAUUUAAAUUGUUCUUUACGACUGACAAAAAGGAUCGUAUUGGGAACCUUCGUUGGGUGUUGAUGGGCUAGAUUCUGAUAAUACAAAGUUAACAAGAUUCUUUUGCUGCAACGUUUAGGAGAUUUGGUUUUCAACUCCAGUGGUAGAUUAGGUGGGAUUUAAAACAUUAGUUAUUUAGCUUAAGGGGGAAUGGAAGGCAGUACUAUGUACUGCUUGAAGUUUAGACUAGCCUGUAUAUAAGCCUGACUGCUACUAGGUCUUCCACUACCAAUGCUUAAAUAUAGAACUGGGCACCUGCUUUAGUUAAUCUAGUGCAAUUUUGCCCUGAAAGAUCACUAACCAAACGAAGUUCAUUAGAACGUACAUUACUCAAAUCAGAGAUGACACCCCAACCACCCGGGUCUCUUAAAUUUACCGAUUUAAAAAAGUUCCAUAUCCUUUAAAAAUAUCUAGCACUCUCUCUGUCUCGUCAUUUUCAUUAUACAAAAAUAGCAAUUCGUAUCGUUAAAUUUCUUUCGUUUAGGUAAAGGACGAUAAGAACAUGCUCCCGCUUACUUACAUGAAUGGUCCGGGGGCAAAAAUUAACGAAACUCGAGCCAAUCUGUCGGCAAUUGCUGAUGCAGAGCUGAUGGACAAGGACUUUUUGCAACAGGCUCUGGUGCCUCUAAAGUGGUCCACUCAUGGUGGGGACGACGUGGGUGUCUACGCUACCGGGCCUUUCAGCUGGAUGUUUCACAGAACUGUAGACAACACUUUCAUUGCCCAAACUAUGAAGUAUGCCCUGUGCGUGGAGCCCUAUACUUCGGAGAAACACUGCACUGUCAGGGGUGGCGCUGUAUUCCACAAGCCGAUCCUUGGCCUUAUCCUAACCCUCUUAAUGCUUGCGUUCAGAUCGUAA